GGCCGCGGCAGUGCUAGGGCGCUGUAGCUGCCAGUGCCGCUGUUAUGGCGUCGGAGGUGCUGGCGGAGGAGAACCCGCCGCGGUCUCUUUAGAGCAAGGGGCGGGCGGCUGGGUAUGGAGAGCGGCCCCGAGAGUCUGCAGCCGCUAGAACACGGGGUGGCCACCGGGCCAGCGCCAGGGACAGCUUCUCCGCAGGAAGGACGACAUGAGACCGGGCUUGCCGCUGGGGAUGGUCUUGAAGUAUGGGCGGCGGAGAGCAGCGGCGGGAAUGGGCAGGGGGCGGCGGCCGCCAGGAGAAGCCUCCCGGACACGGUCUCUCCCACCAGCGCUUCGCAGGUUCCUGGACCCUGCAGCUCCUUACCCGGCUUGGACUUGCAGGAGAGCGAUUUAGAGAGCCCUGAUGCCCAGAAGGUGCCUCUGAGAGGGCAGCACAAGGUGACCGCUGCCCCGGAGACAGCCGAGGCCGGAGCGGGCCAGGGGUUGGGUCCUGCUGGAGACUCCAGCGCCCGGCCUGAUCAAGAGCCCAGCAGCGCCGGCGGCCUCAGCAGCAGUUGCAGCGACCCAAGCCCUCCUGGGGAAUCGCUGAGCCUGGACUCCCUGGAGUCGUUCUCUAACCUGCAUUCUUUCCCCAGUAGCUCCGAGUUCAAUAGUGAGGAAGGAGCUGAGAGCAGGGUCCCCGAGGAGGAGGAGGAGGGUGGCGCACCGGUGUUGCCCGGGGCCGUGCCUCUUUGCCGCGGGGAGGAGGAGGAGGAGGGAGGGGAGGCAGCUCAGGUACUUGCGGCCUCCAAGGAACGCUUCCCGGGACAAUCUGUCUAUCACAUCAAGUGGAUCCAGUGGAAGGAAGAGAACACACCCAUCAUCACCCAGAAUGAGAACGGACCCUGCCCUUUGCUGGCCAUCCUCAAUGUUUUGCUUCUGGCUUGGAAGGUGAAACUUCCACCGAUGAUGGAAAUCAUAACUGCUGAACAGCUGAUGGAAUAUUUAGGAGAUUAUAUGCUUGAUGCAAAGCCAAAAGAAAUUUCAGAAAUUCAACGUUUAAACUAUGAACAGAAUAUGAGUGAUGCUAUGGCAAUCUUGCACAAACUGCAGACAGGCUUGGAUGUAAAUGUAAAAUUCACUGGUGUUCGAGUGUUUGAAUAUACACCAGAAUGCAUAGUAUUUGAUCUUCUUGAUAUUCCUUUGUACCAUGGGUGGUUAGUGGACCCUCAGAUUGAUGACAUUGUAAAAGCUGUUGGUAACUGCAGCUACAACCAACUAGUGGAGAAGAUCAUCUCUUGUAAGCAGUCAGACAAUAGUGAGCUGGUUAGUGAAGGCUUUGUAGCUGAGCAGUUUCUAAAUAACACAGCCACUCAACUGACAUACCAUGGAUUAUGUGAACUAACUUCAACGGUUCAGGAAGGAGAACUUUGUGUGUUCUUUCGGAAUAAUCAUUUUAGCACCAUGACCAAACACAAGGGUCUACUGUAUUUGCUGGUAACAGACCAGGGGUUUCUUACUGAAGAAAAAGUUGUUUGGGAAAGCCUACACAAUGUUGACGGCGAUGGAAAUUUCUGUGACUCGGAAUUUCAUCUGCGGCCUCCAUCAGAUCCUGAAACUGUAUACAGAGGACAACAAGAUCAAAUAGAUCAGGACUACCUUAUGGCAUUGUCUUUACAACAAGAACAGCAGAGCCAAGAGAUCAAUUGGGAACAAAUACCUGAAGGAAUCAGUGAUUUGGAACUGGCAAAGAAACUCCAAGAAGAAGAGGACAGACGGGCUUCUCAAUAUUACCAGGAACAGGAACAAGCAGCAGCCGCUGCUGCUUCUGCCUCUGUUUCCACACAGGCUCCGCAAAGCCAGCCAGCACAAGCCUCUCCAUCAAGUGGAAAACAAUCUGGGAAUAGUGAACGUAAACGAAAGGAACCUCGAGAAAAAGAUAAAGAAAAAGAAAAGGAAAAAAAUAGUUGUGUUAUUUUGUAACAAGUGUUGGAUUCUAUUGGAACCAUCUGUAUUUCUUAAGAAACAAAACCACAGGAGGAAAGGAAGAAAAACCGAUAAAUACCGUCUGUGCCUGAUUUCCCAAUGGAUUUUGUUCAUGUUUUUCAGGGGAAAGGUUGUUACUUAGCUACAAUCAAACUUUUUCAAGUCACACAGUACACUCUUUAUGAGCUGGAGUUUCAUGUUACAAGUUGGAAAUGCUGUGUGUUGUCAUUCAUGAAAAAUACUGCACUUGUAGCCAAAUAAGCAAAUCACAGCAAACUUUGUGUCAUAGUGACAUUCAUAACUCCUAUCAGUUAGUAAGCUAUUUUAUCUUCUGUUCUAACAAUGAAUGGAGGUAAUUGACUUUGUCUGAUUCCUUCCUGAAAGCUAACUAUUAGCACAAUAGUUUCUGAAAUUAAUUUCUUCAAUGUUAAAUCCACAAGAAACCAGGGGUUUAAUGUAGGGGUUGAAAAAGGAAAAAAGACAAAAAAUAACAGGAAUAAAUAACUCCUAAUUGUAUAUCAGAGUAGUUCAGCCCUUGAACAGCUUUACCUUUCUUUAGGAAUGUACAUUUUAGAUUUCAUCAUGAGAACUGAUCACGCAGCUUGGAUUUAAUUAGACAAAAUGGAGAUUUGUAUUUCUUUUCUAGUAGCAAAAAAUUACAUAACACUAAUCUCAUCUUAUCAAAAGCAGAUAUUAUGACUUUGUAGUGUUGUGAAAUUUUGAGGAGUUUUGAAAUCUUUCACAUAGGUAACUUGGACCACAGUUAACUGUUUCCUGGUAGCGUAGCGAGAGUAGGAAGGAAACCACAGUGGGUGCGAGGCUUUGUAAAUAUGGGCGUGGAGAGAAGAAAAUGGUUCAGUGUCUACCUUUUUCUAGAAUUACCUUGAACCUUAAAAUUUAAAUCAUGUUUAUUUGCUAGGAAAUUAAGUAUACUUACUAAAACCAACAAAAAAGCACAUUUCUGAAAGAAAGUUAGAGAUCAUUUCUGAGUCUAGUAAAAAAGAAUUAAUAAAAAUCUGUUGGAGGAAUUUAUAUAAAAGCAAUCAGAUUUUUUAACUUACGGGAACCAAAUAAAACUAUAAGAUCUUGUAGUGUUUGUAGGACUCAAAAAGAAUAUUUAUUGAAUUUAAUCAUGAGGCAACACAUAUGUUCCUGUAUUUCUAGGUAUAGUUCGAAAAACUAUCCUUAAUAGUCCCUUUUUAUAUGCUUUAUAUUUAAAAGUUUGUUUUAGUCAUUUUUGAAACAGCUAUUGCUGCUGCAAGUAGUUAUGUGAUUUACAUUCUAAGCCUCAGUAAAUUUAAGAGCAUCAGUCUAACUUGAGCAUCCACUUGGAGAAUGUCAUUUGUGGUCUUGGGUGACAAUAGACUACCAAAAAAUAUGGUCUAAAUGUCCUUAACAUUCUCUGUGAUCUAAGACAAGCUAUAGGAUUAGUCUGUGUGUAAAAAGUUAAGUCUUAUUUAUGGAAGGAAUUAUUCUAAGGGAAAAAUCCAGGGUCAAGCUGUAUCUUUUAUGUCUUAUGUAUUGCAUGUCUAUUUAUGUUAUACCAUUUGUUAUUUCUUCAAAUUUCCUAUGCUAGCAUGAUAAUCAUCAGAGAACCUGUUUGGGAUAUAAAACUUUGAUGUAAAAUAUUUGGUGCAUCUUGAUACUAACACAGAAUAUGCAUACAUUGGUAAAGUAAUCAAAUGUACCACAGAAGUCUCGCUGGCUCAAACAAGUUGACCUUAGUCCAGGUUUACUCUUGAUGUCACUCUGGUUGAAGGAGGAAACUAAAACCUCAGGGUUUGUUUUUCCCAGAACAGAUAGUAGUGAUAGUGCAUUAUAUUUUAAUAAGAAAAAGUGAAACAGUGAGUCCUGAGAAAUUUUACAAAGCGUAUUUGAGGCAUAUUUUCCCAUGAUUAUAUACUGAUCUAUUUAUUGCCCUCAAAAAUGUAUAUGUAGAAGCUAUUCUUCUGUUAUUUGCUCCUGUUGUCUUACUUUGUUCUAAAGGUGGUACUGCCAUUCUCCAUUCCCUUGGAAACACAAAGUAGCUCGCUCAGAAGCAGCAGUGCUGUCAGAUAAGUAGAUGUCAGUGUGUACUCACAAGAAGUAGUUAAACAUGUAAUGUGUUUGUUAACUUAACCUUUUUCUAUGUUGGAUUUCCAAGUCAGAUUUUCUUACAUUCCUGGAAUGUUUGAUAUACCAAGAGUAAUAAUGAUAAAAUGUUUGCUUUGAUUACUAUGGGGGAAAAAUGAAAUGUUCGAUUCUAUUAAAACAAACUUCUCAGAGAUACUGGUUUCCCAUCCUUGAAAAUUAUAAAGAAUUUAGAGCUAUUGUGUCUUUAUUUUCUUAUAUUUUUCUCAAGGCAACACAUUAUAUCCAGACAUUUCAUUGCUAGUUUGGGUACAUUGGAAUUUGGUGGUGGUGUAUUAAACUCUUUCCUUCACAGUAUUUUGCAGUACUUGAAAAUUGUUAUCUGUAUACUGCUAGCAGCAGUUAGAAGUCAAACAUUUUUGUUUUUAAUAUUCUUAGGCUAGAUUAGGGGCACAUUUACACUAACACUGGCUAGUAAGAGAGAUACAUGAAUGAAUGAAAUGAUCACUACACUUUCACAUACUUUCAAAAUCUAUUCCUUAAGGUUAGUGAACAGUCUUUAUUAACAAUAUGAAUUGUUUUCAUAUCUAAUACUGUUGAAUCAAUAAUGCCAUGAUUACAAUAGGUUAUCAGCAUUUAAAAGCACUUACUGUAUAUUUAUAAAGCAAGGAUCCAUUAGUUUAAUUAGAUUCUUAAAGGAAUCUGGGAAUUUUCCUCAAAUUUAAGAGUCAACAUAUGAAGAAUACAAAGACUAAGCAGUUUGAGGUGGUUAAAAUUGGCAGUGGCUGCUUCCUGUAAUACGCUGGUCUAUUGUGCUUAGGUAAGGUAACUGCUAUGUUUCGAGGUGUCAGGUUGGCUGAACGAGGCAUAAAUUUAAGUUUAGGAUUAGGCAUUGGAAUGUAUCUUGUUUCAUUGCCUCACAUUUUUAGUAUUUGACUACUUACCCCUUAUUAUGUUUUGAAUUCUUCCUCAUACUUCUUGAUCUUAGUUUUGAUUAAGCAAGUUAGAGUCAGAGAUUACUUGACCGAACCCAACGUUAACCAUUUCGUACUUGCAGCAAAAACUUAUUUUAACGAAUCGCCACUUCAGCUCUGUAAGAGACAGAAGAUCCUGAGAGAAAGGGACUAGAAGUCAAAUAGAUAUUUAAGGAAAGAAUUAUUGUGGUCCCUACAUGAAUGUAGGCAGACGAAGCAGAAAAAUCAAGGCAAGAAUUUCCAGAACUGUCCUCAAACAAUCUCACUUAUUUAAAAAAAUUCUUUUAGAAAGCGAAACAAACUUUCCUAUUCAAUAUACCAGUUAUUCCCAAUGUGAUGGAAAGCUGUGUGCUUUACCGAUCACACACUGCUUGGGCAUAUAACUUAAACUAUAGUUGUGAGUUAUGUUUGAUAGAAUAAGAUGGAGACAUUAAGAUAGUUCUAGUUUAAUGAAUUGAAAGUGUGGAAUUCUGAAUUAUCUAAAAACCUGGCUUUUAAGUUGCCAUGGUGGACUUUCUGUGCCUCAAUUUACUCUAAAUAUAUAAAUGACACUUUUUUAGUGCUUUGCACUCAUGAAUAAAGGGCAUAGUAUAAGCACAAAGUGUUACCUAAGGAAUUAUAAAUAUUGCACAGCUUUUGUUCUUGGAAGUCAGGUUUUUCCCCAAUGACUAUUUCUUAAGCCCGUUUUUUAAUGCUGUCAUAAUCUGUAGAAUUACCAGGUCUUUGAGUAUGGCAUCAUCUCCUCCCAAAAUGUCUUUUACAGUUCUUUUGUGUUCUGUGGACUAGAGGGUCAAAAUCAAGGGUAUUUGGGAAGAAUAAAAAGCACUGAAACUGCAUUUUUCCCAGUACCUUUCAUAUAUAUAAAUAUUUAGAUUCUCUGCCUUUUCCUCCAUGGAACAAAGUACAAUGGUAUCAGGUUAUUAGUACCAUAUAUGUAAACUUUAUUGCGUGGAUGGAAUGCAUUUAGAUCUCAAUUACUGCCAUUUCUAGGGCUACUUAAAUUAUUUUUUAGUAUAAAAUGUCAUUUGAUAAGUGAAUUUUAAAUUUUUUUAGAGAAUAAUGUUGAAGGAACUCAUCAGAAUCAGAGUUCUUAGGUUCUGUAGUAUUUUUUUCUAAGAUUUUAUUUAUUUUUAGAGAGAGGGAAAGAAGGGGAGGGAGAAAGAGAGAUGUCGAUCGGUUUCCUCUCACAUUCCCCUCACUGAGGACCUGGCCCACAACCCAGGCUUGUGCCCUGGCUGGGAAUUGAACUGGCAAAUCCUUUGGUUUGCAGGCCAGCAUGCAUUCUCCUGAGCCACACUAGCCAGGGCAGGUUUGGGAAUUUAGUGUCUUUUUUUUAUAACUGAUGUCAAACACCUGUGUCGCUUUUGGGACAACAUGAAGAAUUGAGGUUAUUGUUCUUGGUGACACUGUAACACAAACUAAAAUUUAAAAUAGAAGGCUUCCUGAACAAAAUAAAUUGCAGAAGGCAGAUAAUGGAGUCUAAGUGACAUAUUGCAGGACCCAGAUAAAGUUAACUUUGAAGAUCUAAAUUUUAAUUCACGCGUGUAUUUGAUUUAAUCCUCAUGUUUCUGCUUUUAGUAAUUUGAGUUUAAUGAAUUGAUAUGCAUACAUAUUUUUAAAAAUAUUUUAUUAUUUAUUUUUAGAGACGGGAUGGGAAGGAGAAAGAAUGGAGAGAAACAUCAAUGUGUGGUUGCCUCUCAUGCGUCCCCUGCUGGGACCUGGCCUGCAACCCAGGCAUAUACCCUAGACUGGGAAUCGAACUAGCGACCCUUUGCUUCACAGGCCCGUGCUCAAUCCACUGAGCUACACCAGCCAGGGCUGCAUACAUAUUUUUAUGUGAAGGACUCUAGUUUCUAAUUGCACAUCUAUCUCAAAAACAUUAAACUCAAGAACAGCGUAAAAGUCUCCAACUACUGCCUCAAGUUCAACUUCAUGCUAUUUUUCUGAAAAAGGAAGAAAUGUAGACUUGUCUGCCUAGAACUGAUGUUUUUUAGGGCAUGGUACUAUCCCAGAUAAGGUGUUGAAAUCCCAUGGCAGAAAUACAAAACCUAAGCUUUAAACCACAGUAGCUUAAAGAAAAAAAAUUGUAUUGUUUUUCUACAAAAAUCUACUUAAUCAGAUAUUCUAAGAGUUCCCUCAAAUCAUGUAGUAACUUGUCACCAAUAACUAAGAACAUUAUAUCCAUCCUUACUGUAAUGUCCUGCUUUGAAAUGUAGGGAUGCCUCCUGGAUAGAACAUGCACAAAGACAAUUUUUUCUAAAGGUGAUCCUGGCUUCAUUGGCUUCAGUAGCUACAACUUUAAACAGGAAGUCAGGAAAUUUAAUUGCCCAUGUAAAUUCCAAGUCAGUGACCUGUCCAAGUGAACGUUAUAACUGACUGCUGAGCAGUUCUAACCAAUGGGAUGUAUGUUAAGACUAAGCUUGUCAUUUAAUCUUUGAAAAGAUGAAAUGUCCUGUGUGUCUCAAAUUUGUCAUAUUCUUGUUCCUUUUUACAUCUUGUGUGAAAUAAUAUUUUUUUCCAGAGUAUACAGUAGGACAUCUAAACUUUACAGAUUUUGAAAGAUGAGGAUUUGAAAAGCUUCCAGUGGUUUUUGUUACAAUGCUUUAUCUUCCUCAAUAAAAUGACAACUGUUGUUUUCACAGAUCUGCACAUCACAAGUAAGACAAUAUGAUAGAAGACUGAUGUAUGAUUGUUACACAACAGUCAGCAAAAGGAAUAAUCUUCACUUGUGAAGCU